AUGCUGAAAGACGAGGCACGUACAAUGACUAAGUUCCGUUCUCCGUAUAUAGUCCAAAUAUUGGGUGUAGUGAUGCAUCCAUCUAACUACGCACUUGUAUUGGAAUACAUGUGUCACGGCUCAUUGAGGGAAUACCAAAAGAAUAAUGACGUCAGCUGGCCAACAAUAUUAGGUCUUGUGCACGAUGUGAUACUGGGAAUGAAUUAUCUGCACAAAACUGUAGGGCUUGUGCAUCGUGAUGUGAAGAUUGACAACAUACUUGUUGACAAGGGACCUAAAGCAAAGAUUUCAGACUUUGGGUUAUCUGUAUGGCAUGAAUAUUCAAAAAUGGUACCAAGACGUUCAAGAGUAUCAACCACAUCUGGAGACCAGGGAGCAUAUUGUACAGUGACUCAUAUAGCCCCAGAAUGUCUUGAGGAUAUCAACAGAAAGCCAGAUAAUAAACGUGACGUAUACAGUUUUGGUAUCACAUUAUGGGAGAUUGUUACGAAGAAAUACCCGUAUGGAUGGUUUUGCCGAGAAAAUAUUUGUAACAACUGGGGUUCCGAGGCCUGGGAUGCGUUCCAGGGCCGCGUGCAAAUUGCUGAGACUGACUGCGUCGCUCGGGUUUGUAGCAGUCGCGCAUCCAGUAAAAUCAGUGUGAGUGAGUGGUGUCUUAGCAUGAGCGGAAAGUCCUCCCACUCGUCUACCGGUGCCUUGUGUUCCGUGGCGACGAGUGAGAGGCGCGACAGUGGAGGUCUCACGAUUUCUAGGCCCCCUGCUGAUCAGAGGGCAUCCUCGCAGUCUGCUUCUGCAGGUGAUGGUUUGUCCGAUCAUACCGGCAACAGCGAGGCUGUGCCCGUGGAGGUUUUUACUCCAACGGGGCCUGUUGCGGGUCCCUCUGUGGAUCUGUCCUUGCACGGCGCCGGGUUUGCCUUGCUGUCACUUCCGGGAUCCAGAUGGCGGGAUCCAAAGCAAUAG